AUGAGACACCAGAAGAGCCUCACCAUGAGACACCAGCACAGCCUAACCAUGAGACACCAGCAGAGCCUCACCAUGAGACACCAGCACAGCCUCACCAUGAGACACCAGCACAGCCUCACCAUGAGACACCAGCACAGCCUCACCAUGAGACACCAGCACGGAUUCACCAUGAGACACCAGCAGAGCCUCAUCAUGAGACACCAGCAGAGCCUCACCAUACACCAGAAGAGCCUCACCAUGAGACACCAGCACAGCCUCACUGUGAGACACCAGCAUGGAUUCGCCAUGAGACACCAGCACAGCCUCACCAUGAGACACCAGCACAGCCUCACCAUGAGACACCAGCACAGCCUCACCAUGAGACACCAGCACAGCCUCACCAUGAGACACCAGCAGAGCCUCACCAUCUGA